AUGUGGUCACUUGUAUCUUUAUUCAGUCUGACGGGAUUUGCCCUCUGUGGCGCGUUCCACGACCCGACUCCCUCUGGCAACUCCAACGCGAGAAUUGUCGGCGGGACACCAGCCGACGUCGGGGCGUAUCCAUGGCAACUCUCUCUGGAACUCCGUCAGCUUGGCCUGUUUUGGAGCCACAUUUGCGGAGCUGUCUUGAUCAACCAAAACACGGCUCUGACAGCCGCUCACUGCGUAGAGAGACAGUCGACUUCCAACUUAAGAGUCAUCGCUGGAGUCACCGACAGAAGCAGCUCAUCUAAUAAACAAACGAUAUACGUGUCAAGUGUCACUAUGCAUCCAGGUUGGGACACAAACGGAGCUGGGUAUCCUAACGACAUCGCCAUCUUAAAGCUGCAGUCUAAUGCUAAUGAAGGCAGUGAGUUUAUUAACUCUAUCCCAUUGGCACCUGCGGACAAGACCUUUGAGGGUUACGUCUGCACACUCACGGGCUGGGGCAGAACGUCAGGCGGAGGGAGCCUGGCUAACUGGCUUCAGCAGGUAUCAAUGACCGUCAUAUCUAACAGUCAAUGUGCCAGCAUGUGGCAGACCGUGACCGGGGCUGCGAUUAACGACGGCCAUAUCUGUAUCUACGAGGAGAGCAAGAGCGCCUGUAAUGGUGACAGUGGUGGUCCGAUGGUGUGUCAGUAUGGCGGGGUGACUUACUUGGCGGGAAUCACCUCUUGGGGUGUCAGCACGUGCAGCGGGGAGUACCCCAGCGUGUACACCAGGGUCACCUACUUCCUCGACUGGGUGAACACAAAUAUCUAAACUGUGAGCGGAAUUUCCCCCUAUACAACAUACAAAUUUGACGAUUCAAAUAAAAAAAAGU